AAAACGGUAACAAAGAAAAUUCAAUAAAUAAAUUCCAUUCAACGAAUAAACAUUGUAACAUUUGUGUUGAAAAUUGCAAAUCAUGGUAUCGAUAAAUAACAAAUUAUCAAUAAUGAUUUCAAUGAUGAUUAUGAUGACCAUAAUAUUCGAUGGCAACAAUCCAUUUGGAAUCCUAUUAAUUAUGGCCGAUAAACAUGAAAAUGGUACAUUCAUACAGAAUAAUUCUUCUGUAAACAAUGAAUCCGAACGACAAACUAAAGAAAUAUAUAAUCCAACAACAACAAUCGAACAAACCGAAUCAAAUGCUAUGAUAAAACAAGAUGAUGGUACAAAUAUUUCAUCUGGUUCAUAUUUUAAGAAUCUUGGUUUUGAUUAUGAACAUGGCAGACCAGAUGAUCCAAGUGGUGGUGGUGGUAAUAUAUUUGAUGAAAUAAAAAAUUGGUUUAAUGGACCAUUCCGUAAAUGGCUUAAGAAUAAUAAUGUUGUAUUUGCUGUAAUUUGUAUCGGUGUUAUUUUGUUAUUGUUCUGUCUAUCUUUACUAUUCCAUUUAACCUGUUGUCGUCUUUUUUGAGAGAAAAACAAACAAAAAUAUUUUUAUACAUUUUUUUUGUUGUUUAUUAUUUAUGAUAUGAUAUGAAAUUUAAAUAAAGAC